UCCGCCGGACUACCACUCCCAGCGUGCACCGCGCCCGCCGAGCCUCAUCCCGGUGGGCUCAGCGGCCUGGACCGGGACCGAGAGCGGUACCGGGCGAGUUGGGACACGGACACGGCCUCAUUUCUUGCCAGGGGUUGCUCCCCAGCAGCGCUAUUGCUCCCGCUGCCCGCUCGGGCCCGCUAGGCUGUGAGGGGGCGCGGGGCAGGCCGGGAAGGGCGCGGGGCAGGCCGGGAGUGCCCCGGCCCUCGGCGCAGCGGCACCGGCACCGGCACCGGCACCGGCAGGAUGUGGUACGAGAUCCUGCCCGGCAUGGCCAUCAUGGGCGUCUGCCUCAGCAUCCCCGGCAUGGCCACCGUCUUCAUGCACCGCUUGUGUCACGGCGGCAAGGAGAAGAGGAUCGCCCGCUAUCCCUACGAGUGGACCCUGAUGGAGAGGGACCGGCGGCUGUCGGGGGUCAACAAGCACUACGUGUCCAAGGGUCUGGAGAACAUAAACUAAGGCAUCAAUGCUUUGAAAAAUUCAUCUAUCUAUAGAAAAUGAUUUAAAUAAAGCUAUACAUGUGUUCA